AUGUACAAGCUACAAGUGGUCUUGGUGCCUCCGAGUCUUCAGGCGACGACGCCAAUACAGUUUGGUUACGGACCCACCAUCGCCGAGUCUUCUCAAUUGCUGCCCAAUAGAACUAGCAUUGCGCAAAGCGCUGGGGACGCCUCUCUGCAGUAUGCCAACUUGAGAUCUGCCAACGCGAGUUUCUCCCCAAACUAUUUUAAUCAGCCAAGAUACAAGAAGUUUCUUCUGUUUACCAAACCAACAAGCACCCUAUUAAAUCUGAGUGACGAGAUCAUUGAUAAGUGCGAGAAAAUGUACCCAAGUCUGCAGGAGGACAUCGAGAUUUUGAGUUUGCAGGACAACAGCGGCUGUGAUCUAGACCCGGAUUUCCUAAUAAAGGACGUUUUCAACGUCAAUAACGUCGUGAGAGUUAUCUUGAAAAAUGAAAUUGAUCUGGAUGAUACGGCACCAGUGUCGCUUUACAGGUCGGUGAAGCGAUCUAAAUUGAACAAUGGAUCGCCUCACUCAGUGCAGUUGCAACAACAGAUUCCCGCCUCUUCCGGUGUCCUCAGAAUCGCAAAAAAAAGGCCCCCAACAGCAACCACCGCCACGACGUCAACGACCAUUCGCAGCGCCAUUAAUGGGUCUAUGAGGAUUUCCACACCUUUAGCUAGGCAAAUAUAUCCUCCACCUUCUUCGAAGAUCAUGUCCAACAAUUCGGACGACGAAGACGAAGACGUUGGCGAGAGAUCCUUCUUGCCGCCUCCGACACAGCCUCAGUCACCACCCAUCAGAAUUAGUUCGGGCAUUGACGCUGGUAAAAAAAUUAAAUCAAGCAUUAUCGAGGAAGAUAUCGUAUCUAGAUCGGAAACCGUGGAUCCGGACAAGUCAAAACAGCAACGUCUAUUGUCCGGAACCCCCAUAAUGUCGACCAUGACCCCCAACAGAGUCACUUUGACCGGACAAAGGGUGGUGUCUGAACAUGCGCAGAAGAACGAAUUGGUUUUUUCAGCUUCAGCAUCCUCUUCUUCUUCCUUUGCUAAUGCCGGCGCCGCGGCCCUUACAGUCCAGGACUCAAACAGGAAGCCAUCUGUUACUACCCCAAGAAUAACAUCAGGAAUGUUAAGAAUCCCUGAGCCAAGAAUCUCAGAGAUUGAAAAAGAAUUAAAGGAGGGUCCUUCCAGUCCUGCUUCCGUCCUGCCCGCCAAAGGUGCAAAAAUCCCAAUGAAGAAACCUUAUUUGGAGAACGGUGAGAACUAUGAGUCAGACGAAAGCUCAAGUAGCGAAAACCAAGAAACUCCCGAAACGGAACCCCAUUCAAAAGCUUCCUUGCAACGUAGCCAAAGUUCAAUUGCAGAUAAUAACGGCUCUCCCGUGAAAAACAGCCCUUUGGGUGAUGUCAUGCCACAUAAUGUUCAUCUAGCGGAGCUUCCUAAGGCAGGUGGUACUGCCAUCACCAAAUUUUCGCACGGCGAAUCCUCCAAAAAACAACAAGGGCAUCAGCCACCGAGAAAAAGCUCACUGGAAACUAUAGUGGAAAAAAAAUCACAGACGGAACCUUCUGCUACAGUGGAACCGAGAAGAAUGACUAAUUUCUCAGAUGGCCGUCAAGGAAGGGAAAACGGCAAUUCGAAUGAUAAGCUUUCGCAAAAGGAAAACCUGCCAACAAUUGCUCAUAGUAUCCAACCAAUACUUGCAUCGUCCAACAAGCCUACUGGGAAAGAGAACCCACUGGGUAGCAAAGUCAAUGUAAAUGGACACACUCCAAAAGAAGCAGACGCUAUCGUCAGCGACGCCGUUGAAGACGAUGAUGAUGAUGAUGAAGCAGACACUACCGUUCGUAUUGUUCCUCAAGAUUCCGAUUCCUCCAGCUUCCCAAAAUCAGAGCUUUUCAAGAUGAUAGAAGGUGACGGUACAGAUCUUCCGCAAUGGUUUAAAGGCAAAAAUUCGAGAAGAAUUUUUGGUUCAGGUAAUUCCAAGAAUUCAAAGCCUUACACCACGGUUUUAAAUAAAGACAUAGACAAUUCCAAACCAGAUCCAAGAAAUAUUCUCCCUCAAAGAACUGCAAGAAGCGCGGCUAAGAGGGCAGCCCAAUUAUUAGCAGGAGCCAAGAAAAACGAGACACCAGGGAAAGUACCUGAAGACUCAAGUUCUGCAGGAUCUACGGACAAUGAAUCGGAAAGUGGCAUUGAAACAGACGUGUCAUCAGAGGAUGAUCUCAAAAAAAAGAAAAAUCUACCAUUGCCUAAUGAUGGGCCCAAAAACAUCUCUUUGCAUUCAUUGAAAGGUAGCGUUGUCCCGCUGACAGAUGCAAAGGUAAAUAAUAGUAAAGAAGCGGUUGAAGAAACAAAUAACAAAAGGCCUAGUGUAAAAACUCCCCAGAAUAAAAUUGAGCCUGCCCCGAAGACAAGCGAGAUUUCUGUAACCCAUAUUAAAAUUAGUGAACAAAUGGCCAAGAGCUUUUACCCAAAUUCGAAUAAGAAACAAAAUGAACGUACAAAGCCGCAAACUCAGGAUGCACCACAGGCGAUAUCUUCUGCUGUUAGCAAUACCCCUCCUGCAGCUACGAAGGCAAGCGCUUCUUCGACGGAAAAGGUAAAUAACAAAACUGUGAAGCCCAAAACUAAGAAUCUAGCCAUACAACCCGAUAAUCAAAGCAAGGAAAUAUCUCCAAAGACAACAGAAUCGAAAAGCGCAAAUACUGAUGGAGUUAAAGACUCAGGAUCUAAAGUGGAAAAGAAAGCAGAUGAAUCCAAAGCAGCAGAAAGGACAACUGCUACCACAUUCGGGGCCGGUGAUUCAAACACGUUGAAGGAAGGUACAGCUUUGAAGGGCAAGCUUUUGAAUCAGAAUAAGGUGAAUAUUGUCAGCAACUUGAAAGAAGGCAGGCCCAAACCUGCUAAACCCAGUGCAAAUGAUAAAUUGAAGGAUUUGAAGGCCAAAUUUACCAACAGUAAAACGUUUGUGCCACCUGGUAUAAUUUCUAAUGAAAAGAAUGACUCUAGUUUAAGCAAUGAUGAUUCUGAAUCUUCUGGUUCCUCCACGGAAGACGAGUCCAGUUCGUCCUCUUCAUCUUCUGAUGGAGAAACUUCAACAUCCAGAAAGGCCAGAAGAGUUGUUGUAAAUACACCAAGAGAACCAGUCAGAUCGUCAUCAUCCAAAGUUGAAGUUCAUCCUUCAUCUUUGAACCAAACAAACAACGCUACACCUAAUAAGGUUCCAGUUACACAAUUAAUGGACAUGUCGUCUCCGCCAUCCGUAAGAUCGAAGACCCCUUCAAACCCUUCUAGUAUUCUUCAUGAUCUGCCAAGAAAAGUACGUCCUUCUUUGAGUUCAUUAUCUGAUCUUGUUUCAAGGGGAAUCCCGGACGUGAAGGAAAAAACUUCCAGAUCAACUGGUAAAUCACAACCAAAAGCUACUUCAAGUAGUGAAGAUGAAGCGAGUCCCGGCGCAGGCUCUGAUUCCAGCUCAGAUUCCGUCUCUGACUCCAGCUCGAGUUCUAGUGGCUCUGAUUUAGACUCAGACGACUCGGGUGAUUCUUCAGACGAUGGGAAAAGCUUCAUCAGUGCAAAGUCUGCUAGUGCUGCUUUAGGCAAGAAAAAGAAACCAAGUGGUGGAUUUGCAUCCUUAAUAAAAGAUUUCAAGAAAAAAUGA